GGUUUCCGAAGACAGCACAAAUUCUCAGGACAAAGGGGACACAAUCCAGAGCUCGUCGUCAGCCGGGGGAGGAGUAGUCGCCCCUGCCACGGCCUCGUCCGCUCUUGACAAACUCCCCAGCACGCCACUAGAGCUGCAGCGGAGUCGACCAAGAGAGAGGCUCAGCAAGAAGAAGUUUGGACAGAAGUUUGAGAAAACUGGGUCGUUUGGUCGUCAUGGCACCACCACGUCGAUGCGCUGCCUGGAGGCGACUCGCUCCCAGUCUGAGGCCCAGGCUGCUGCUGCUGCUGCUGCGGCCGCUUCAUCGGGCCACCCGGCCACCCCCUCAGCCUCCUCCUCCUCUGGUGGUGGUGGGCCGGGUUCGGGCCUGGGCUGCCUGAACCCCAUCAUCGUCAGCGACACCAAGGAAGGGGCCAAGGAUAGCCGCGAGGCCUCAAGGUCACGGCCCCACUCGGUAGCCUCGCCCAGCAGCAGGCACAGCGGGGGAGGGGCGGUGAUCAAGAAGCUGUCCAACUCACAGUCACGCUCGGCUAGCCCUAGUCGCUCCAGAUCACGGGGGUCUCGAUCGAGUAGUAGCCAUAGCGACUCCACCGGUACUAGCAGGUCCACGUCUCCUCACAGAAGCCAUGGUAGCUGCAACGCUCGACCACAGUCCAUGGUUGGAGCCUCACGACUGGUGACCAGUGAGGCAAAGGACAGAAGGGAUGGGGAUGACGGGGACAGGAGACCACUGGGGAUUUGUGUCACAGGAUUGCCAGUUAGGUCUACAGACUCCAGCUUGCGAGACGGUCUCUACCACGAGUACAAGAAGCAUGGGAAAGUGACAACUGUACAGGUCUUUGGCGAUGGAGAGAACAGAUAUGCUGUGGUCAGCUUCAGAAAACCUGAGGAUGCCAGUAAAGCGUUGGAAGCGUCACAAGGGAAGACAUUCUUUGGUGCAAAGAUUAAAGUCAACUCCCACGAGGGUGUGGAAGUGGACGAUCCUGACCGGCUGAACGAUAACGACAGUAUGGACGAGUACCACGUGAAGUCAACGCGCACGCUGUUUGUGGGAAACUUGGAGAAGGAGACCACCAAGCAGGAUCUCAUUGAUAAAUUCAAGCAGUUUGGCAAGAUCAUUGAUGUGGACAUCAAGAGACAAGGGGCAACCACAGCGUUUGCCUUCGUGCAGUAUGUGGAUAUUGUGAGCGUUGUUUCUGCCCUCAAGGCUAUGGAAGGAAAGCACAUUGGUAUCAACAAGAUCAAGCUUGGCUUUGGCAAGAGCAUGCCCACGUGCUGUGUGUGGGUAGACAAUCUGCCGGUGGACACGACCACACGCUGCCUCAAGAACCCCAUGUCACGCUUCGGGGAGGUCACGCACUGCUAUGUGGACCGAGACCACAGCAAGGGCCUCGUCUACUUCACAUCCUAUGAGGACGCCCAGCACUGUGUCAGCAACUAUAAGAUCCGGCCACAUUUGAUGAAGAAGAAGCUCCAGAUUGAUUUUGCCAGUAGAGAAUGUCAGCUGGAGUUCCUUGACCGCAUGGAAGAGAGUGGUCAACUGCGGCCUGGAGAGCGGCCGGAUGAGAGCAGAGGACACAAAUUCAGACCACAGAGAAGCUUUGACAGUUACCAAGAUGACGGGAGCCCAACGACAACAACAACCUAUGGCUACAGUUCACGCAGCCAGUCUGGGUUCCCGCAUAACGGGCGCAGUAGCAGCAGCAACUACCGUAGCCGUGGGAGACAGUACGGGGAGGCCGGCUACACUGAGGACAACAACUACUCCACCAGCUCUCGGCGCUCUAGGCGGCCGGAGGAGUUCAGCCAGCCCUACUACAGCAGCAAAACGAGCGGUGAUGACUACGACCAGGUGCUGCGGGAGUACGGCCACAGUCAGCGGGAGCGACGGGAAAGAGACCUCAGCCCGCGUCGCUCCCAGGACCACCCAUCCCGCAGGGGCUCCCGGGACCGCUCGCUGGACCGACGGAUUGAGGGCCAGUCUCGCCGCAGCUCUCGGGACCGUUCCCUAGAGCGCUACGAGGACCGGCUGCGGGACCGGCCGCUGGACCCAUACAACAGCCGGGACGGCAGCCCCAACAGCGAGCACAACUCAUACCGCUCUGACAGUCGGUACCGCUCUGGCCGUGGGGAGGACAAGUACUUGCCCAGGGACCGUUUUGACGAUCGCAAGUCGGAGGAUAAGGACUUUGGUCAUCACAGCCGCACGGCGUCCCCGCUCUACCACAAUCAGGGCAGCCUGCACAGUCAGGGCUCUCGCUCCAGGUCCAACUCGCCCCCUACCCCGACACAGGAAGACACUCCCAUGCACAGAAUGUUCUACUCUGAUGACUACAAGCGUUCAGUGGUCACAGACGAUGAUUAUGACACAUACCCCACCAAUGCUCAGAAACGCAGAGACUUGGACGAUCUGACGGGCAGCAAGCCUCGUACUGCGUGGCCGCCUCUGUCCUCCAAACUGGGGGCGGAGGUUGCCAAAACGGCGGCGGAGAAAAGCCGCAAGCGCUCCCACGAGGAGUCCGGUCUCUCGGGCAGUGGUAAGCCCGACCCCAAGCUGCUGAGCAGAAAACACGACAAAAUUCCCCCGCCUUCAUCGUCGGCAUCACUGCUAGAGCUGGAGAAACAAAGGCAUCUGGGGCGUGUGUCGGCCAAAAGUCGACAUCUGGAUCAUUCUGGAAGCCCGGGCUCAUCCGGUAGCCAUGGUGACUCUGAAGUGGGUUCUGUCCCUGAGGGAGAUCUGCAGCACCUCCACCAGGAGAAGCAGCAGCUCCUGAAGGAACUCAAUAAGCUGGAGAUGGAGGACACGCCCACCAGCGACCCUGACUCACCUCGGUCACCCGCCAAAGUGAAGUCCAUUGCCAUCAUGGACACGGGCUCAUGGCAUCUCGGCCGGGACGAGCGGAAGCGUGAUGGGUGGAAGCGUGACGAGUAUUCCAACAGGUCGUCUGCGACUGCCGCUCAUAGGAAAAGCUUUGAUAAACGACGCUCUGACCUUAGACAUGAGGGUAGUCGCAACCAUUUCAGUGGUGAGGAUAUCAGUGCCACACGAGAAGACAGGAGCCCGUCGAAUGAGAGAGACGAGUCGAACGCUGGGGACAGUGACCUGGAUUACGGUUCAGAUUUCAAACGGAGUAAAAAGCGGCGGUUGGAUAAUAAUGAUUCUUUGGUUCAUAUCAGGAGUUACGAUAGACAGGGCAGUGUGUUAGGCAGUGACGAGGAAGAUGAGAGUAAGAAGUACGGUUUGCGACUGUUACCCUCCUCGCUGGGAGACAAGUCUAGUGAUGGGAGGAGCAAUGCCGUCAACUCGAGACACUACCACUACGACGGCAAAUCUCUGGCUCUAUCUUCCCCAUGUGAUAAUGAACUCUACAAAAGCAGGUUAAGUGAUAAGGAUUUAUCUGUGAUAAAACAACAGCGAUCGUCCUCCUCCAAGUCUAUUAGCCAGUUCUCCGGCAAGGAGUUGACCUCCGACUUCUCCGCUCACAAGUCGUCGACGGACGUCUACUUCAGCCCGGCCAUCAGCGAGGAACACACUCAGGAUUCUGUGACUUCUGGGAGUUACACAGAGAAGAGUUCCAAACAUUUGUCUCCUCUUCCAUGGCAGCAUUCCCCCGGGGCGUCUCCCAGCAGAAAGGAGUCUGUGUCGGACAAUGAGUUCUAUGGCAGUGUGGGUAAUAGUCCCCAGCUGCCUGACGACAAUCUGUCAGACGACAGUCUCACGGAGCCCCUGCAAGCCCCUGGAGAGCGGACCUAUGAGGAGCGGAUUCGUGCUAUUGAUGAAAUCCUCAACCAGCCUGUUUCGAAGAGCUCUGUGGACUCGCUACGCCUGUCCUCUGGGUUAGGGAACAGGGACAUCACCAACAACAAUGAGAGUAGUAGCCCGAGCUUUUCCAACAAAAAGACGAAGACGGAACCGUCGGUCAUCAUGCAGCAGAUGCUGUCCAAAAAGAGCAUCUUGGACCAAGACUUCAAACGCCUCGAGCAGAUGAAUAAGACGGAAGCUGAAGGUGGGAAAGAGAUCGUCAUUGGUAUCUUGCCGGUUCCCUCUGUCAAAUCAGAAGCCAUUUCCCCGAACACCCUCUGUCCACGAAUGGGGGACGUAAAACCUGAUUGGAGUGCCAAGUCAUGGCCGCUUCGUAACAUUUCCCCUUCGUCGUUGUCGGACCCGUUUUCAGUGAGUAGUGUGUGUAGUAGUGGUGUUCAACCAGUGACCACGUGUUCCUCAAUGCUGCAGCCCACGAUCACCACCACUGUGGCCGGCCUGGGCGCACUAGCUACUCCUGCAAGCACCAGUGUCUUCUCAGCGCCGGUUGUGACCUGUGUCCAGACCAGUCACAGCUCGGGGCUCAGCUCGUCACAGGUGAACGCUCUUGGUGGCCCUAUCUCGGGCGCUGGUUUAGUAACGACUUUGGACUAUUCAGGGGCCAAUAGACUUAGUAACACAAGUUUAUCAUCAUCAUCAUCGUCGUUGUUUGUGAAACAGGAAGUGUCCUCGUUACCCAUGUCAUCCUCAGUGUCCAUGAUGUCUUCGCCCUCUGUGUUAUCAUCUUCCUCGUCUUUUCCCUCAUGUGUGUCCUCGUCGGAAGCAAUGGUGGGAGUUGCUGUGUCAGCAGCUGCAGCAACAACAACAGCAGCAACGGCAACCUGUGCCAUAGUGACCACGCAGCACCAUCAGCAGCACACGGGCAGGGGUGGGCAUGAGUCAAAAUCUGUCAUUUCUUCCCUGCCCCUGCCACCGUCGUUACUUGCUCAACAAAACACGUCAUCCACCCUGUCUGCGUCCUCCAGUUCGUCUCCUUGUAAGUCGCAUCUCUCUCUGUCCUCCACCCUGACCAGCUCCUCCAUGUCCUCGAGCGGUGUAUCACCUCAUCCAUCGUCGUCAUUGUCUGCGUCGUUUUCUUCUUCAUCACAUCAACAGAACACGACGUCAUCAUCAUCAACACAUCACACAGCGUCUGCGUCGUCCUCAUCGCUAUUGUUACUCUCACCUCAACCGUCUGCCUCAGGGAACCAGUCUGCCAAUGGUUCCUCUGCGGCAGCUCCCUUCACACAUGGACCAAGCAAAUCGCAGCUCAUGCCAACUGUAGGCCAAGAGGCACCCAGCGUGCUCUCUCCUUCCUUCCUUCCGGAAAAUUCUCGGACGGAAGUCUCCAACCUGCCGGGUAGUGUUUCAGGAAAAGAUUGCGCUUCGACCAACAGGACAGCAGCGUCUGCAGCAGGACUAGCGUCAGCUGGGGUUGGCCUCAAAGGUGAAGAAAUGUUGGCGGAGAAAGACAAAGAUUCAGGUAGUGAUGGUUGUUCCAAGGCUAAUCUCAAGGAGGAGCGGAAAAGUGACACCUCCUCUGUUCCGUUAUCCUCGUCAUCGUCGAUAUCACCUGGGGAGGAGUUACUGUCAUCCUCUUCGUCCAGUAACUCUGCGUCUCGGUCUUCCUCUCAGCUCACUCCCGGCAGCAGUAGUAGCGGGAAGGUCAGUUCCCCACACCCUGGGGCUAGUUCUCUGACUGUUUGCUCUGCCGCCGUCAAGCCGCCCAGUAUUGAAGCCUCGGAGGACAAGUUGAAAAGUCUCUCCAACUCUGAACUGCUCUCCAAAGCUGCUAUGGUGGAGGUGUCCACAGAUAAAUCGACAGUUUCGGAUGCCUCUAGCAAUGUGGUUUCGCUGAAGACGACGGAUAAGACAGAGACCUCGGAUUUGUUAUCAGGUUCCAAAAAGACUGAUCUGUCCCCUCCGGUGACCACUCAGACAGUGUUGAGUGUGAGCAAUAGAGAGAGCUCUCAGAGCAAAGACUUUCACAAUGGAGAGGAUGUUACCAGUGGAGCUGGGAAAGGCUCCAGCAAGUCUGUUUCUUCUGUAGGAGCGGAGGUGGAUACCACAACAGCUCAACUAGCAGCCUCAUCCUCAUCUUCAUCCACUUCCUCCUCAUUCUCUAAGCCUUUGCUUAUGUCCUCCUCGUCCUCGUCCUCCUCCUCCUCUCAAGCAGCAGCAUCUUCAUCCUCAUCAUCAUCAACGACUUCUUCCUGGGCAGGCGCCCCCAACAACACAACAGCAUCUACUGUGGGGGGCAGGGGAGUGGGAGACAAAAAGUCCAGCAAGUCCAGCUCCCACAACAAAAGCUCGAGCAACGCCAGCAAGUCGGAACCUCUCUUCACCCCAGACCCAAAAUCCUCGGACAACAACAGCAGCAACAGCAGUAGCAGCAAGCAGGGGAGUCACCACAGCCGCGACACUCACGAUGGCAAGCACAAGAGCUCUUCCCAAAGCCGACAGUCCAGCAGUAGUGUGGACAGGAAGUCGCCCAAACCGGCCAGUCGAGAGAACCACGACAAGAAAGAGCAUGACCGAGCAGACAAAAAGUCAUCGGAGGCCAACAGCCACAAGAGUAAGGAUGGAGAGAAGAGUAAAGUGAAGGAGAGGAGGGAUCAGAGCAAAGACGGGGACAAGAACAAAGUCAAGAAAGAGGAGGAGUCCAAGAAGAAAGAGGAAAAGAAGGCUGUGGAGAAGAAAGAAGAAAAGAAAAGUUCUGUGAAAGAGGAAAAGAAAGAUAAAAAUGCGGAUGGGAAGAAGGAGAAAAAUGCUGAAAAGGAGAAAGAAAAAUCUAAGGAUGCCAGCAAGUCGGCCUCUUCAGGGAAAAAUGCAAAGGUGGAGAGUGAUUCAGGGAAGAAAGAUAAUAAGAAGUCAAAGGAGAAGAGCAAAGAAUCGCAGAAAGAUAAAGAGAAAAGUGGGGAGAAGAAGCUUCUCUCGGGCCUGUCAUGCUUAACAAAACAUUCCACUCCUGAGCCAGCAUCCAAGCAGGCAAAGUCAGAGCAGCGCAUUUCGUCAGAGAGCAAGUCGAGCAGUAAAGCGGACAGUGCGAAAGAGGCGUCAAAAAACGAGAAAGAAGGGCCGGGGGACGGCAAAGCUCCUGACACGCCAGUCAAAAGUGAGCAGAAAGUUUCUAAAAGCGACUCGUCCAAGCACAAAGGGGAUAGUAAGUCGGCCAAGAAUGCGGCAGAUAGCAGCAGCAAGUCGGAGGUGUCCUCAAGUAGCAGCGCUGGGAAAAAAUCUGAGGGUUCCUCAGGGAAGAGCAAGAACAAAGAGGGAGAGAAGGAAAGCUUUUCUAAGUCCAGCAGUAGCAAAGAGAAGCAGCAAAAACUCAAACAGAGGGAGGAGGAGAAACAGAAGGAGAGACAAAGGUUGAAAGAGGAGAGGGAAAAGCAGAAAGAAAAAGAGGAAAAGGAGCGUAAAGAGCAAGAGGAAAAGGAGAAGCAGAAAGAGCGCGAGGAGAAGGAAAGACUUGAACGGGAGAGAAAGGAGAGGGAAGAGGAAGAGCGUUUGAAAAAGGAGAAGGAAGAACGAGAAAGGCUGAAAUUGGAAAAAGAAGAGAGAGAACGCAAAGAAAAAGAGAGGGAAGAGAGAGAACGCAAGGAAAAAGAAAGGGAAGAGAGAGAGCGAAAGGAACGGGAAAAAGAGGAAAAGGAAAGGAAGGAGAGAGAAGAGAAAGAAAGACUCAAGAAGGAGAAGGAGGAAAAGGAAAGACAGAAGCAGAAAGAACGAGAGGAGAGGGAAGCUCAGAAGGAAAAAGAACGACAGGAGAAGGAAAGAGAGAGGCAAGAAAAGGAAAAGGAACGCCAAGAAAAAGAAAAGGAGAGGCAAGAGAAAGAAAGGAAAGAACGUGAAGACAAGGAAAAACAAAAGGAAAAGGAGAGGAAAGAGAAAGAGAAGAAAGAAAAAGAGAAAAAGGAGAAAGAAAAGAAAGAAAAGGAGAGAAAAGAGAAAGAAAGAAAGGCCAAAGAAGAAAAGAUGAAGAAAGAAAAAGAGGAGAAAGCCAAAAAGGAAAAGGAGGAGAAGCUCAAAAAGGAGAAAGAAAAGAAAGAAAAGGAAAAAGAGAAGAAAGAAAAGGAAAAGGAGAGGGAUAAAGAGAAGGAUAGGGAUAAAGAGAAAGAAGACAAGAAAGAAAAAGAGGAGAGGAGGGAGAAAGAAAAAGAGGAGAGGAGGGAGAAAGAAAAAGAGGAGAGGAGGGAGAAAGAAAAAGAGAGGGACAAAGACCGGGAUUCAGAAGAUAAGAAAAAACCUCCUCCCAAGAAGCCCAAACGUAAUGAGUUGGCAGCAUUGUUAGACAGCAACGAUAAGUUCCAGAUGACCUUCACCUCCAUGUAUGAUCGGGUAAAGACCCAGCGCAAUCGGGAGCCCGACAGCAAGUCGGAGCCAGCUCCCAAAUCGUCCUUUGACAAAUUCAAACAGAAUCGACACAAGAAAGGUAGCAAAGCGAAGUCCUCGCUCUAUUCAUUUGACAGCACCUCUGACAACAGCGAAGACAAUGCCAGCGAUCUCUCUGAGUCCGAGUCGAGUCAGAAAGCGGAAUCAGUGAAAGAGACGAAGCCCGUGAAGACGAAGUCAAUCAAGAAAAGGCCCCACGUGUCCUCAUCUUCUUCCUCCUCGUGUGAAGAUGAUGAUGAUGCCCUGCUUAGAGCCACCAAGCCCAAAGGAAAGCCUACUGGAAAGUUCAAUCAGAUUUAUGCGUCUUCAGACUCGGAGGAGGAGAGUUUCCAGAGUCCGUCGUCUAAGUCGCGAUCUGCUGGCAAGUCUAAGGGCAAACCCACACCUAAGCGCAGGAAAACGAGAGACGACUCGACAGAUUCUAUGGCCUCACGAGACGACUUUGUCAAACCUCAGACGUUGUCAAGUGUAACUGAGCCAGACAGUAUGGAUGAUAUCGAUCUGUCUGAAGAAGAAGAGGCGCCCAAAGUGAGCAAAGUGAAGAAGAGGAAAGCCCAGAAGUCUGGUGAUGGGGAGAAGAGAGAUUCCUCCAUUGAGUCUGUGAGGAAAGUUGGGAAAGUAGAGGUGGAUUCAUCUGUGGAGUCAUCAUCUAAGAAACCUGCCAAGACGGAAAAGAAAUCAAAAGGAGAAGCCACUAAAAAAGGCUCGGAAGUGAAAGAAGAGUCAAAAGUUACAACUGAUGAGAAAAAGAAAAAGUCUGAUCCUGAAAAGGUUGAGGGUAAUAAGAAAGAAAGCAAAGUAGACAAUGAGAAAGUAAAGGCUUCGAAAACAGAGGAUGAUUCUGAAAAGGCGGAAGAUAAGAAGAAAAAGAAAGAGGACAGCUCAUCAAAGAAGAAGAAGAAAAAGAAGUAUGAUCCUAAAGAGGAAGAAGAGCUAGUCAACUCUCUGAUUACUAAAGUUUAUGACAAGAUGGAUAAAGACAAGAAGCAGAAGAAGAAAAAAGUCAACAUUUUUGACAGCGAGUCGGAGGAUCUGGCAGGCUCAGAGACAGGCAUGGAUGUCAGUGCUUCCUCCUCGGCUGAAGACAAAGUGGUGAAAGAGGUCAAGCUGGAGACUGUGGAAAAAGUGAAGGAAUCAAAACCAGAAACAGCUGAACCUGUCAAAAGUAAAAACAAAGACAAGGAUGCUAAGUCUGAGAAAGCUGUUGAGUCGAAACAUGUGUCAAAGAAGCAAGAAGGGAAGAAGAAGGAUCAGGAAAAGAAAGACCAAGAGAGGAAAGAAGUGGAAAAAAAGGAACAACUGGAGAAGAAGGAGAAUGAGAGAAAGGAGAACGAGAAAAAGGAGAACGAGAGAAAGGAGAAUGAGAAGAAGGAGAGUGAGAAGAAGGAGAGUGAGAAGAAGGAGAGUGAGAAGAAGGAGAGUGAGAAGAAGGAGAGUGAGAAGAAAGAUCAGCACAAAGAUGGUGUCAGUGAGAAGAAGCUGGAGCACACCCGAAAAGAUCAUGCAGACAAAAAAGACAAGGCUGAAGCUAGUUUGGAGAUCAAAGGGGAGAAAGAAGUGAAGGCUGAAGUGCAGGCAGAGGAGACGCACAGCAAACAGCCCAAGAAGAAAAAGAAGAAGAAGGAGCUGGAAAAGGUUCAAGAGAAAGAAAAGUUUCCAGAGGGGAAGAAUAAGAAGAAGAGUGCCAGUGAGAAGAAACUGGAGCCUGCACCGUCAUCAGCUGUUGAGAAGAAGUCUGAGGUGGUUAGUGGAGGAGAGAAGCAGGCUGCAGAUGAUUCCAACAAGUCUCAGCCAGCCCCAGCACAGGAGAAAGCAGAUCUUGAUGAGUUUACCAGUUUCUGGGGGCACCCCAAGCCCAUUCUCAUCCCUAAAAGGUUUAGAGAGACGAAGAAGAGUGACGACAAGAAAAGUGAUGACGACAAGCUGAAAGAAAAGAGCAGUGAGGAGUCCACCUCAUUGAAGGGGGACCAGAAAUCUGAUGGAUCUGAUGAAGGUGCCAAAGUCAAGGAAGAGGUUGAGGAAAAUGACAGCAAGAAGUCAGUUGGGGACGAGACACAGAACCACCAGCUGUCUGAUCUCUCACCCAGUGCGGUCAAGACACCUGACUCUGCAGCCACACCUAAAGUGGAGUCGGAUGCAGGCGAUGACCUGGUCAUACCGAUUUCUGAGGCGGAGACGACCGUCAUCACAGAGAUUGCCCCUCCAGCUUCCAGCGAUUCCGUCGUGUCCUUGAUAGAGUCCGUCAGUGCUGCAGAGGAAGGAGCAAGUGAGGACAUGAGUUUGGUGCCAGACGAGACCACCAUUGGUUCCUCAGUGGAAAUCAACGACGACGACGACUUCCCAUCCUCUCUAGUCAUCGAUGAAGUCUCUGACUCCGGCCUGUCUGAAAAGAAAAAGAUGACCAAGAAGGAAAAGAAGUUGCUGAAAAAGCAGCAAGAGAAAGAGAAAUAUGACAGGGUGGACGAGAUCAUCGCUCAAGUGGCAGCUGCUGAAUCCAGUGAGGAUGAGGAGAGUGGUGGUGGAGGUCUGAAGAGUAGUCCUGUUAGCCUUCUUAUUGAUUCGGCUAGCAAUGACCAGGAGCUGCUGCUGGAAGAUGUGAUCAACCAACAGCUCAAAUAUGACAGUAAACCCUCCAGCGAGUCUGGAUCCUCUGAGAAACCCUUUACUGAGAGGGAGAACAAGAAGAGUGGCCAUCUUUCCUCCUCCUUCUCUGGGAAAGACGUCAAAGAGAAGAAGGAUGCCAUUUUGAGUCCCACUAGCAAGAAAGACUGGGAGAAAAAGAAAGAUACUCACAAGUAUUUUGAUUUGUUGGAUGAAGAGACUAAGAAGAAGGAUGAAGAGCAGCUCAAACUGCUGGAGGAUGUUUUGUCAAUUGACAAGCCUGUUACAGAAGAAAAGAAACUUUCAAAGGAAGAGCUGAAGAAGAAGGAGGAGGAGGAGAAACGAAAAGCAGAGGAGGAGAAGAAGAAAGCAGAAGAGGAAGAAAAGGCUCGUAAAGAGAAAGAGGAACAGGCAAUGAGAGAAGCGUCGGAUGAGGCAGAGAGAGCUGUCGGCUAUCUUUUGGAAUUUCAGCGAGGAUUUGACCAGGACUCCAUGGACAUGGAAGACGAUCUCCCUCCGCUGUUCAUUGAGUCUGAGGAGAAGGUGCCCUCGCAGCCCACGCCCAUGGAGACCUCUCCGGCCAAGGAGAAGAACGAGCUAGGCGUGUCCAUUUUCUCAAGUCCUGUCCCAGAAAAAGUCAGCACGACACUGGAAGACAGCUUGCUACAGAAGGAGGACCUGGAUAAGAUCGACCUGAACAAGGAGAUCCCGCCAGUGUCAGGGCUCGGGAUAUUGGCCGGCAAGGGUGGUAAGGUAGAUCCGUUCAACCUGUUCACGUCUCCCUCCCAGCAGACGUCAGGACAGCCUCCAGCGUCAGCCCCAGCUGCCCCGGCCGGUCCCCCACCCUUUUCUUCGCCGCGACGGAAUUCAGUACCUGUUGCUAAGGACAAAACCCCUGAGCCGGCUGCUACCACCAUGCAGUCUCCCCUCCGACAGAUGCAGUCGCCGCAGAGGCAGCAAGGUCAAGGUCAGUCGCCUCAGCGCCCGGCCCAGUCCCCUCAAAGGCCUUCCCAGUCUCCCCAGAGGCCGAUGCAGUCUCCACAAAGGCAGAUGCAGUCCCCCCAGAGACAGAUGCAGUCCCCGCAGCGACCCAUGCAGCAGUCUCCCCAGCAGCCCAUACAGCAGUCGCCGCAGCAACAGUCCGUGCAGCAGUCACCGCAGCAGCAGGUACCACAGUCCCCUCAGAGACCAAUGCAGUCGCCACAGAGACACAUGCAGUCGCCUCAGCGGCAAAUGCCUUCACCCCAGAGACAGCCAUUCCAGCAGAAGCCGCCUCCACCACACCAGUCCCCGCAAGUCAACAUGCAGUCGCCGCAACCUUUGCUACAGUCACCUCAGAGAUCCCCAUUCUUCUCGGCCAAGGACCGCAGUUUCCUCUCUCCGAACCGGGAACUGCCCCCUUCUGUGGAGCCAGAUGUGCCCUCUGUCAAUCACAUGGGCCCCCAACAACUUCCCCAGUCCAGGCGGUCGUCAUUUGGGUUACCUCCCCAUGGUCCAGAUCCGGUUCCUGACCCUCUGCUGUUGUCAACUCGCCGCAAGUCUCAGGAAAUGUCUGUUGAACCCGUGAGCCGAUCUCCGAGGAGGAACACAAUUGCAGCUCCAGAGGAUGUGACGUCGGUGGCAAACCUGGACCGGCCAGGCCAGCAUCCUGGUUUAGGCGUGGUCUUCAAGGACCGCCAGCGCGGCCAGUCUCCCCUCCCGCCACCUGUCUCCAUCUCUUUGGACAAUGCCCUCCACGACAAAAACUUUCAGUCUCCCAUGCGCAGCCUGACUAUCCCACCCCACCAGGAAAAUGUCCUGCCCAACCAAAAGAAAACUCCACCGGCAGGCUUGGGUUUCAAAGACCACACUUCCGAACCACCAGGGUUCCAGUCUCCACCCAAUAAAGGCCCCCUGCACGACCCGUUGUUCCACUCCCCCAAGGAACCACUUCAGGAGCAGAUGUUUUCACAUCAGAUCAAAUCCCCACCUGACCCGGCACUGCUCACCAAUAAAGUCCUUACCCCUGAGCAGCUUUUGGCUUGCAACAGAGUCUCGCUACAGGAUAAACUUCUAAGAAGUGGGAAAGGGCCACCACCACCACCCCCACCAGAGUCUCUGUCGGGCUUUGGGAAAGGACCGCCUCCUGUCACGGACAAGGUGCCGUCCAUCCCGGGCAGUCAUCCUGCACCAGAGUUUCUUCAUGGCAAAGUGCUCCCACCAGCAGAUGCUACUCCAUUCUCAUUCACAAAGAGCCUGCAGUCAGACAGCGUGUUUGGUCUCGGCAAGGGCCCUGGCCACCACGAGCCCAUGUUCUCCCCUCCCAGGACCAACCAACUGGGAUCAGAACCUCCAUUCCCUCCGCCUGGCAAAGGUCCAUCAGCGGGAAAAGAAGCCAUGUUCUCCCCCAAAGGUCUGCUUCACGGCCACCAGGAGAACACAAUGAACUACCCCGAGCAGCCCAUAGAUUUUUUGCUCAACUCCCCACCCAGGAAUGCACCAGGUUUCUUCAACAAGACUCAAGGAGGAGUCAAGGCGUCAUCAGAUGAUCCUUUCAACCAUGACCCCCUGUUCCAGGUGGUUUCAGAGGCCAGUGGUCGUAUCGCAGACCGGGACCCCCCAGCCCCGAGAAGACUAGAGGGUUUCCCUGCCUCGUUCUACCAGGAGCCAACACCAUCAAAGCGACUGACGCCCGAAUCUCAAGUCAAGUCGCAGCCUCUGUCCUCGGAGGAGGAUAAGAAAGGUGCGAAGAAAAAGAGAAGGAAUAAGGAGACGAGCAAAGAAGAUCGCGCUGCGGCUUUAGCAAAGCAACAGCUCAUUGAGGAAAGUGUCUUGGCAAAUGUGGAAUCGAUCCAUAAAGCCUACAAUGCCAACCAGGCGAGAGCAGCUGCUGAGAAGGCAGGUAUUUCUAGUGUGGACAGGAAGAAGUCCAUAGAUGCUUACGACUUUGAUAGUCAGGCAGGACAGGAACCGAACAACCUACCUGGCAGUCUUCCUGGCUUGGACAUGCACACACCGUUGUUUGACAGAGAGGUCAAGUCUCGUCGGAAUGAGAGAGCGCCCAGAGGCAGAGGAGGCACCGGAUCUAAACGAGGCAGAAGGAACCGUGGGGGUGGUCUGGGCCCAGUUCAUGAUUUACGGGACAACGGGCUGAGGACUGAGCCUGCCUUCCCACUCCAACAACAGCAGCCACCUCAACUGCCCCCACCUCCUCCCCAUCUCCAGAAUGCGGACCACACUCCGCUGCCUCCACACCAGCAGCCCGGCUACCCCCAGCCUGCCCCCGGUGCUCUGGGCCAGCACCCAGCUCCUAUGUUUGGUGGUCCACAGAAGCCUCCCACUUCUCAGCCAGCCUCCUUGGCCCUUAUGCAGCCUCAGCAGCAGCAGCAACAACAGCAGCCGUUCCACCCACAGCUGCCAAGACUGCCCGGAGAGAGCAGUGGGAAUGCUCCAUCUUCGGACAGGCUGCAGAAGCCGCCAGUUCAAAUCCCAGCACAGCAUUCCCCACAAGUUCAGCAGCAGCCGCCUCCGGUGGUUCCUCCAGCACAGGAUGCCCAGCAACACUCAGAACAGCUUCCUCCUUCCAACUCGCUGUCCUCAAAGAUGGGCGUGGUCAGCCCUGAAGGCAAGCUGGACCUGGACUCAUCCUACGGUGAGCCAGAGCUGGUCAUCAACUUGGAUGAAGGGCCAGCCAGUCUGGAGGGCAAAGAGAACCAAUACACUCAAGGCUCUGACACAGACGAUCGCUCGGUUCCCUCCCCUGCCACAGGGGGCAAAACACAGAGGUCGACCCGUGCCAGAAAGGUCAAGGACUAUCGGGCGAUAGCGGCAGGCACCGCACAAGGACCUGUCCAGCCCAGGGUGUCUCGUUCCGGAAGUUCCCCGAGAGGUCGUGCCCCUGGUGGUCAGUCACCGAAGAGCGGCAACUCUCCCAGAACACGCAGCUCUGAGAACUCUGCCUCCUCCCCCGUGGUGAAGCUAGAGAAGCUGGAGUAUGGUCGCGGCACCAGGCGAAGUCGCAGCAGUGCCAAGGAAGAAGGGGAAGAAGAAUCCUCCUCCAGUACCUUUGAGGAGUGGAAGGGGGCUAAAAGCCAGCAGCCUGAGCCUCAGCCCAAGUCCAAAGACAUCUACAAGUUUGACGACACGGAGCAGGAGCAGCGUGUCCAGCCGACCAGCUUCCGCACCACCAGGGGGCGCAAGAAGAAGGUAUUGGAGAACCAGAGCCUGGACGGGGUGGCUCCGCCCGAGCUGCCCCCAGCCUCCCCCGCAUCCUCCUCCAACUCGUCAAGUGUGCUGCAGGAGAACGCUGCAGCUGGUGGCCGCCAGGACGGGAUAACGCUGCGCUCUGGGGUUCAAGCCCCGAGUUCUCCCUCCACUGCCGAGGAAGAGACGUCCAUUCAAGUCUCUGGCACUCCCACGGCAGCAGCAAAGUCGAGCCCGCUCAGCAACAUGGACGCUAUUAUCGAUGCUGUCUCAAAGGGCAUCUUCGGCGGCAGUGAGGAGGAGAGCACUCCUGAGACUCCUGUGGCUGUAACUGCGCCGCCUCCAGCUCGACUGACCCGACAGUCAAUUGAACUCGUCAAAGAGAGUCUGGAGAAGUCCAACAAGACUGUUUUCCCUGGCUCUGAACCGCAACUGUUUGUUACAAAACUACAGCAGUCUCAGCCGCAACAACAGCAACAGCCACAACAACCUUCAACGCAGCAACAGCAACAACAACGUAAGAACAAGUUAGUAGUGCCACCCCUGAGGAUCAAGAAGGAGGAGAAGCAUUACGUCAUCGAGCAAGGAGGAGAGAAAUCUUCCCUGGCCAUGACCAUCAAGUUGUCGGACAGCGGAACAGCCACCAUCAAACCUGUAGGAGGUGGUGGAGGAAGUAGCGCAACGACCACACCCACCACUGGCGCCCUGGAGAAGACGAAUGUUCCUGCAGGUCUCAAAGAUCCCAAAUCGGGAAGUGAGAAACCAGCAGGUGCCCAAGAGCUGGGCUUGUUUUCUGGUGUGGCCGUGGACCCCGAGCCGGUCAAGGUCACGCCUUCGCUGUCGCAGACUCGAAAGUUGGAUGAGCUGUCUAUGGCGCCGUCUCCUAGCCCGGUCAGCACUGUGCCCCUCCAGGUACAGAAGGGAGGGAAGGAAGGAGGUGUCGGAGCUGUGUCUGUCCCUACACUGGCCCAGACUUCUCUGUCUCAGCCUCCACCGUCCCCUCACUUGCCCAUGAUGUCCUCGGGGGCUGCCUCCAUGACCACAGGUCUGCCGGUCAAAUCCUCGGCCGUGAACCCAGCGGGCAGUGGCCCUCAAGCUCUGAAGCAGGUGUGGACGACCCAGCACCAGGAGGCGCUGCAGCGACGGGCCUCCCCCUCCCCCCACCUCCCCCCUCAACACAUGGCCAACCCGCCCCAGCUCCCCUCCCCUGGCCUGCUGCACCAGCCACAGCGGCCGCCCAGCUCCCACCAGGAGGCGCCGGGGAAACGCCCGCCCAGCGUGCACGGCCAGCCACCUCUCCGGCCUGGGGAGCGGCAAGGCAAGGGAGGGAAGCAUGGAGUUCUGGACAUCCCAGCAGAUCUGGCGGCCAAGAACCCAGAGACCCAGAAACUUCGGCCUGGCAUGUUUGGCUUUGGUGGCGUGCCCCCAGCUCACUCGAGCCAGAGGCCGUUCAUGAUGCCUCCCGACCAGCAAGGGGCCCCAUCUGGUCCCCCCGGCCACCACCCCAUGCACUACCCAGGGCCCACCAGCACUGCCAAGUCCCCGUCCAUCCCGCUGAUCAAGGCGGGUAACGGAGACGUGCGAUCUCGGACACCGCCGGUCACUUCGGCCAUGCUGUACGCCGGUGUGGUCUCAGAUCCCCCCCACUCACUGUCACCUACCUCGGCUAGUCCAGAAGGCCAGGUGAUUGAGAGACUGCCCAACCCUAUGAGACAGGGAGAGCCAGGCCCGUCCUCCUCACCCUUCCGACUGACCACCCCACACCACCAGGACCCCUCACGCUUCAUCAAGGAUGACCUUGGUCGCGACGGUCACCCCUCUGCCCACGGCGAGCGUCCCGCAUCCCAUGAGCGGGCCUACCAGCAGAUGGUGGAGCACCGCCAUCUACAGCACCACCUGCUAGCCCUGGCUCAACACGAGACGGCCCUCUCAGCGGCUGAGGAGGAGUUUGCUCGGAGUGAGGCCAACCGCAACGCAGAAGUGGCCCGCAAUCUGGCUGCUGUCCACACGGCAAUGAGAGGUCACGAGCCGGCUCGCAGCACCCCUGGAGGUCACGAGGCAGGGAGGAAAGGAGCUCUGCCCGUGUCUUCACAGACUAUGGGCCACAACCAGGCCCUGAAUCUGUCGGAGACUGACCGCGGCACGCCAAAGUCCACUCCUCCGCAGAGUCCCUUCAGCAUGUCCUUCAUGGAUCGGAAGUCUGAGGCGGGCCGUGGGCUCCCGGCUGGUGUACCUCCCAGCGCCUUCAUGCAGCCCAGCCCAGGCGGACACAGACCAGAAGGCCUCCCUCCCCACCUCUACCCACCAGACCUUCCUAUCCCAGGCCUACCCCACGGGGCCUUUAGUAUGGUCAGCCGUCUGCCCAUCGACCCGCGAAGUAUCUAUGGCCAGGGUCAGCAACCACCCCCGCCCCAUAUUUUGGCCUCCCACUUCCCGCAGUUUCCACCAGGUGCUAGAUUCCCGGGACUGGAACAGCAUCUGGGAGAGAAAAAGGCUGAGGUGGAGCCGGGCUCGGUCAUGUUACGCUCCCCGUCACCCAGCCCCACGCUGCCGCGACAGAUGCAGUCAGAUCUCAUCCUCCAUGGGCGCAUGUCGCACGACCACCCAGCCAGAGAUAGUCCUGUGGUCAUGUUGCAGAGGUACCCAGUGAUGUGGCAAGGCAGCCUCGCCUUGAAGAAUGACCAGAGCUACGUGCAGAUGCAUUUCAUUGCAGGCAACCGCCACCUGCCCAAACAGGCCUUGCCGCAGCCCAUGCACAACGGUGUGGUGGCGCCGCUGCGCAUCAGCCAGAGGAUGAGGCUGGAGCAGACACAGCUGGAGGGUGUGGCCAAGCGUAUGCAGUGUGAGGACGACUACUGCAUCCUGAUUGCCGUGGCCUGCGGGCGCGACCAGAUGGACCUCAACAAACAGACACGUGCCCUGAACGAGGGAUUCAUCACCUACCUGAACACCAAGCAGGCUGCUGGCAUUGUCAAUGUCCCGCUUCCUGGCUCAGAACAAGCUGGUUUCGUGGUGCACAUCUUCCCUCCGUGUGAGUUUGUGGACAACUCUGUGGCGCAGCAGGGCAGUGUGGCCCUCAUGGAACAGCUGAGAGAGCACCCACAUGCCGUGGUUAUCAUUGCCACCACAUAGACAACAUCGCGGCUGUGAGGAGCACUCGUGUACACGACUAUCAUGGCUACCGUCAGACGAAGGAUAGAUACGUCUUCGUGUCCCUUCAGCACCGAGUCUGGACCACAUCAAGGCUUAGGAGGAUAAUCAUCGACAGAUGUAACAGGCUGCAAGGCUGUAUGCAUCCUCGAGGAGCAAGGUGGCUGUCAUAGGAUGGUCGGAGAAGCUUUAUUGUUGUGUCCUUCGAGGCACCAGUGGAGUGGAAAUAAGCGGUUUUAUCAAUCAACACUCUGACUUGAGCAAAAGAAAGGGAAUUUCAGAGUGACGACAACACAAGUUCCUGGUUUUAACAUCUCGCAGACACGCACAGAUUCAGAGACGUGCUGCUGGUCUCACAGUGAAACUUUCCCACCUGUGCUAAGUUUAGUCUGAUCUCUGCAACAAUGAGUUCAGACCAAAGUGUUGAGCCAGCAAGGCGGCACUACCCCUAUCUUGAUCUUUUCCCCCCCCCAAGUAUUAAUGAGAAGUCUGGGACAAGCAAUGUGUCACUACAAGUCUCUUACGUUGCACCUUCUGCCCAUGAAUAAGACCCCUACCCUGCAACCCUUCCCUCCUCCCCUGUGUAAAAAAAUUAACAAGAACAACUCCACUCGUCGAACAAGCAAGCACUCCGGUAACUCCUACAUCAGCAGCUCCUGUCGCAAACCUGUAAAAAAUCUGAGGGUGGCCUACCGCCUCUCUCAGGACAAAAUGUGCCCCGUUCCCCCCAUGAUGCAGCUACCACAAGAAGUCUCCUCUUCAGACAUGGGCACGUUUGUCCUUGGCUCCAUGCCAUCAGUACAGCACCCUGUGGUGGUGGCGGCAAGAAAAGGAAUAACGCCAGUGUAACCCUCUGGGAGAUAAAGCAGGUGCAGGUGCUGCUUCGGGGUUAUUGCUUUACCACCGGUCUCCCAACCUAGAGAGAAAAUAAACAAUAGUAGAGUGGUGUAGGGUCCGACAGAGGACUCGCCCAGAUCAUAAUCAUGUUUUACUCGCGAACAAGAGUGUCCGAUCAUAAUCAUGUUUUACUCGAGAACAAGAGUCUGUCCACCUAGACUCUACAUGCAUUGUUAGAAGAGAACACUAAGAUUGAGCUGGUUUUGGAGGAUUUUAAUAAAAUUUCACUUAGAUCUACUCUGCGUAUGAACUUGUUGAAAAGGAAGUGAUCCAGGUGAUGUGCUGGCUUGAGUGUGGAUGACUUCAUGUGAACCUUCUGAAGGAAGUUUAACAAGUGCAGUGUUUUAGUGAAGUGGGUAUUACUCUUGACAACUUUGAGAAAGGAAAAGCUCUCUGGAAUGAUGAGGACUAACAAAUAGCAAAUUUAUCUUUGUGUUUUGUAACUGCACCAGAGAAAAAAAAAUCUACAGAUAUGUGGAUUUAAGCAAGUUAUUUCAUUAACUGUCUAUGGAAGAAAGACAAAUCCAUGAUGUGCGCGUUGGGCAAAGAUAUUGUUUCUGUUUGUGAUGAGUUUGUCUAGCUUACUUGACUAUGGCCGUAACAAGAGUGGGGAUAAAGGUGCCUUGUGGCCUUUUGGCAGAAAGUCACAGGGCCCUGUCUUCUCAGUUUCGCUCUGACUCGAUGUCUUGAUCAGUUCGUUCAAUCCAUCCAACUGAUUACAUGCCAUGUCUUGGCUCUUACGCUCCUGUUCUGUGCUAUCUUCAUGGGAAUCAUGAUUUACUUUGGUGAUUUCAUCAUCAUCAUUCUUGUCACUUCACCCUCAUCGUCAUUAUUAUUGUUUUUGUCAUCGUUAUUGUCCCAACUCAAUUUCAGGAGCUUGCACCGACUUGUCGGGUUAGUUUUGCUGUUGGAAUGAGUGGUGAUGAUUUUUUUUAAAGGGAAUCGAGUGAAAGAAGAAUUAUUGGUCACUAAUAUGUGGAACAUGUGACACACGAGAUGUGUAACUUGUGACACACAAGGUGUGUAACGCGCAAUACGCUUGUAGCGCGGUGAAUGUUCCAUGUUGUUGUGGUAACUCGGGGACAGACUUGUUUGGUUUUGUGAAAGGCUUCUCUAUAUAAUACUAUGGUACGUGUAUGUAGUACGGCCCUGACUGUGGGGCAGGGGCCUGUGUGCUUGUACUGAUGUAGCUGAUGUAGUGUAGCCCCAGACCUCUUGUAGACACGCCUCGCUGCCUGGUGGUCUGCAGCUAGAACAGUGCUUCUUCACACACACACACACACACACGCACGCCCCUCCACACACACACACACACACAC